UCACCAAGUUUCAAUGCCAAUCAAAUCAAAGAAAUUGAGACAAUUAAUGAUAGUAAUGAAAUAUCUAGUAUUAUUUCAAAAAAGUGCAAAUUCAGAAAAUUGUUUGGUUUAGGAAAAAAAAUUAUGAGUGAUGUUAUUAAAGAAGGUAAUGAGAACACUUAUCAUGAGCAGAAAAUGUCACAACACAGAAUUCUUGGUAGUAGCGGAGGGAAUUUUAACACUCAGAAUGAUGAUAAAAAUUUAGAGAUCUGGAAUCCUAUUUUACAAAAACUGAAAGGUCAUCUUAAGUCAAAAAGAAUUAAUAGUAUUUUAGAAGAGUCUAAUAUUAAGACAUAUAGAU